CGGGAAAUUCGGAAAGUGCAUCAGUGUUGUGUGCGUGCUUUAUUACUUUAUUUCCCGCGAGUUGGAUUUGUUUGCAUUCCAACAUUGGCAAUCUUUUGUUGUCUAUCACCAGUUUCUUCUUUCUCCUCCCAAGGACCGACAACUGUCGGCAUACGUUUCUUGAUUCGCUUGAGGUGAAUGAAUAAUACAUACACUCCUGGAACGAAUUACGGACAAAGGAAGAAUGGAGCUGCCAGCUUUGUCUCCAUGUGAGAAUAUGCCAAACUACUUAGAAACUCCUUCGAAAAGGAAAAGGGAUGAAGAUAUUGCUGACCCGCUGGCUGACUCUACACCACACACGCAUGGCUCGAAUUCGGCCUCACUAACCUCUCGUUCUUCAGGCAGCAAGCCGUUGAAGCGGAGACUUCUGACGGCAUUUGACAAAACGCCAAGGAGGAGAAGUCCCAGCAGUGACUCAUCUCGCUCAAAAUCCAGAUCUCCCCAGCCUGCAGCACUAUCCCCACGCAGUGAAGCCAAUUCCGAUGGAGAUGAUUUGCCCGCACAAUACACUGGUAGCGCUAAGUGUCGUAUGUCCGAGGAACCAGCGGCCAAGACUCCGAAGUUAACAGAACGCCAACAAAUUGCUAUGGUGCUGCGGAUGACAGCAGACGAGUCACAGCCCGCAAGCGAGAGUGAAGAGGAUGGUCAGUCCAGUGCUGCUCGAGCACGGGCCAUGGUUAGACGUCGCGAUCGCCCAGUGCUUGAUGUUAAGGUUGCAUGCCGCAUCCCGGCUUGCCUCUCCAAGCGCAACACGCGGGGAGAGACUCCGCUGCACGUUGCAUCAAUUCGCGGCGAUACUGAAAUGGUGGUGGCGCUUCUCGAGCGUGGCGCUGAUGUGUCCUUAAAGGACAAUGCCGGUUGGACACCGCUACAUGAGGCAUGCAGUAAUGGACACCUAGAGAUCGUGCAGGAGUUACUGGAAGCAGGUGCACCGGUGAAUGUUGCCGGCUACAACAAGGAUCGGCCGCUUCACGACGCCGCUAGCUACGGUCACUUAGGGAUCAUCAGAGAGCUGCUGAAAUACGGUGCCAACCCGGAGCUGUGCAAUGCCACGGGUGAGUGUGCUGCCGACUACGCUGUAUCUGUCGGCCAUACUGAAGUCGUGGACCUUCUCAAGUCAUUUCGCCCGCGAGUAUCGCUUCUUCAAGCUCAGCAGAACCAAACUGAUGAAACUGAGCCAGCACAGUCCGCCAGUAUCAGCAUCACCAGCCAGGCUGAUCAGUCGCAGGAGAGAGGAGAUGGUGAGGAUACAGCGCCACAGCCUGCCUCAAAAGAGCCCAUCUCGGCGCGCACCGAUUCCGACGUUAGUCUUGUAGCCGGAGGUCUUGUUUGCGUCGUCGGUGCCACUCACCGUGCUGAUGCUGCUGAUUCUGCCAGCAGCAGUCCGAGAAUGUCGCUCUUCGAAAAGUUCCCAGCAUGUGAGACGCAAGCAAGUAACACGUCCACGGAGAGCGUAGCGGAGUACAAGCCCACCUCUGCAUCGGUAGCCGAAGUUAGCCCUCGCGCUAGUGACAAGCACGACACCGCUCGGGAGCAGCCGCAAGCAUGCACUUCUGAUACUGUUGUGCCACGCAGUAAGCGCCGGAGACUCGUGCGUCCGUCCCUCCGAGAUCAGAUCCACCAGUCACUAUCACCAGCUGCCAUACAGACGGCAGACAAGGAAUUGCCGUCAGCAGCGCCACAAGUGGCUGUGAAGAUGGACGACACUGAGCAGGAGUUAGUGUCAGCGCCGCCACCGUCGCAAGUGGCCAUCCAGAAAGAAGACGUCACCAGCACCACCAUGGACAGUGGCACGUGCGAAGAAGAGGCCGCUCCAUUCACUGGUGAUGACAGCGCUAUACUGGACGACAGCGACGACUGGUCUGUGUCCAUUCCUAGCACGCCGAGGACGCCGUUCAGCCGGUGUCGUGCCGCUGCUACUGGCACGGUCUUGCCGGUGAUUGACUCGCACGACUCUGGUAUUGCCACGUGCCACUCGGACCACAGCAUGACCGAGUCGCCGCCGUGCAAAGUUGCGGACCGACGGGCCGGCAGUGAUGUCACGGCGGCCUCUCCGUCCCCGCUGCCGUAUAGGGCGUACGGGUGUGCUCGGUUUGACUUGGCGUCGCUGGCACCCCUGCGUGGACGCCGGGUCAUAGGCGAAGGGGAAUGCAAGACGGAGUCCUCGUCGUCUGUCUUGGUUCCGAGCGAUCCGGCACGACUGAGUCAGUUUCUACAGCAGCGUCGUGAGAGAGAGGCCGUGGAAGCGGACAAGCUAGGACCAGCAUUGCCCGGUGGCAACCCACCCCAGCUGGCCAAGCUACGCACUAGCAUCCUGCAGGAGCGCUACAAUCUGCAGCAGCGCUUUGAUGACCAGCUGGAGCGUAUGCGGGGCGUGUACGAGAGAAACCAACGUCGCAUCCAGGCCAAGUGUACACAGCUUCCCAGGCCACUCACGUUCUGUCAAGUUGAGGUUGCACGUAUUACCGACGGUGCCAGACUGGACUACCGCGAUGAGAAUGACCAGGAACAGGUGGAGUACAAAGACCAACUGGCCGAUAAUGAGCAGAAGCGUGACGCUGCUAUGAAGGACCUGGUCGAGUUGCAGCGAGUUGAAUGGGAUGGUUUGCUCGGCCUGCAGUGCAUGCAGUGGAGGUCGCUGUGCUCACACUUGGACGCCGAUGCGGCGACCAUUUCCUGCAUUGCCGGUUAGUGUCUUGCCGUGUGCUACCGUGUGUGUGUGUGUGUGUGUGUUUGACUGAUUUACUGACUGACUGCAUUGUUGGGUGUUUGUUUAUCUGUGAUGUACACUACAAGUAGUGCGUGCGUGUGUGUUGCUUUGAUAUAGUUGCCGCCGUAUGAUGGAUGUUGCUCUCUGUUUUCGUAUUGGGUGUCACUGGCACUAUGUGCCCACUGUUCAAGUUCAAACGUCAUGUAGCCUGUUGUUUAUUGCCUAGUAACAGCACUUUAUCUUCACUUAGUGCUUUCAAUUUAGGUAUGGCAAGCCGGGACAUUACUUGUCUCCUGGCCUAUGUUAUGAUUUAUUGAGCCUCGUCGAGUCUCGUCCCUUCUGGGGUUGUGAGAACUAUUUUAUAAAACUGAUAAAUGUAUCUGAUCUGCGUCCAAUUCCACCGAUUUCUUCUUGAUUUUCUUUUCCAAGCAAUGAAUUGUGUCCACUACUGAUUCCGUGUUUUAUCUCUUUUGCCACUUUUUUGUUGUUUCUUUUGGGUUCGGAAGAGUGCUGUCCAGUGCUGCGCGCACUUCCUUUCUGCCUGUAUAUGUGCUGCAAUUUGCUGAUGUGUUGUGUGCCCUCUGUCACUGUAUCUGUGUGCUGUCGUGUUGUGUGCCCUCGGUCACUGUGUCUGUGUGCUGUCAUACAAGUACAGUAGUAAUUUAUACAGCUCAGUUUUGUGUGGUGACGAUCCAGUAUUUUAUUUUUAGAUCACUCUUCUCGCCUUGCUCUGUGCUGAGGGCCAUGCGUUAGCUGCCCGCCUCAAUCUGCUCUCUCCCAUUUCCUCUCGUCUUGCUCAAUCUAAUAACUGAUUGUGACGCUUUCCUUGUGUUCCUACACUACUUCA